GAAAAACUAUAUGAUGCAAUGGAGGUGAAUAUGAGCUGUAACAUCCAUGCCAUCCUCCCUUUCCUGACCCAUCACAACCUCAUUACAGUGAAGUAAUUCAAUCCCAAUCCCAUUUUUAUCCCCCCACAAACCACAAAGACUCUCUCUUUCUCUCUCAAAUUGCCUAAUAAAUAAAAAAAAGAAGAAAAGAGUAGAGGCAUACAAGCCUUCUUGAGGGCUUCCUUUCUCUUCUCCCUUAUUUUGCCACCUGAAUUUUCUGCCUCUUUUCCUCAAUUCUGUAUCUCUUUUAUAACUCAUUGAAUCUUCAUUGACCCUUUAUUGAAUGCAGUUACCUUAAGAGAAGCUAACUGAUUUAAUCCACAAGAAAGCUUCAAUCUUUCGGGGGUUCAGUCUUAAACAAUCAAAAGUCCAAGCUACCCAGGGUCGAGGUGUUUUGAGGUGCGUGCAAAGUACUGGGGAUUGGUGGCUUGAUUGGGAUAUGAAUCGUAGGGUGCGGCGAAAAGUGGCAAAGAAGAGUAAGGAGAAGGUGGGAGUACCUGGUAACCCUGAAAUUGGAGAUGCGGAUUUGUGUCCGGAUAGUAAUGAGGACGUUGAUUGGACUAGCUUGCCAGAUGAUACUGUCAUUCAGUUAUUUUCUUGUUUGAAUUAUCGUGACCGUGCAAGCUUGUCAUCAACGUGUAAGAUAUGGAGGGUUUUAGGUCUCUCUUCGUGCUUGUGGACUUCAUUGGAUCUUCGUGCCCACAAAUGUGAUCCUGGGAUGGCAGUUUCACUUGCUUCUAGGUGUGUGAAUCUUCAGAAGCUUCGGUUUCGUGGAGCAGAGUGUGCUGAUGCAAUAAUACAUCUUCAAGCAAGGAAUUUGCGUGAAAUAAGUGGUGAUUACUGUAGGAAAAUAACGGACGCAACUCUUUCUAUGAUUGUUGCUCGGCAUGAGGCACUUGAAACCCUCCAACUUGGGCCAGACUUCUGUGAGAGGAUAAGUAGCGAUGCUAUUAAAGCAACAGCCUUUUGCUGUCCGAAACUAAAGAAACUUCGGCUGUCUGGAUUAAGGGAUGUUUCUGCUGAAGUCAUCAAUGCUUUAGCUAAGCAUUGUCCGAAUUUGAUUGAUAUUGGGUUAUUGGACUGUCUAAAGGUUGAUGAAGUAGCAUUGGGUAAUGUAGUAUCUGUUCUUUUCCUCUCAGUUGCAGGGACAUCAAAUAUGAAGUGGGGUGUGGUCUCACAUCUUUGGCACAAGCUGCCUAAACUGAUCGGUUUGGAUGUUUCAAGAACAGAUAUUGGUCCAAGUGCAGUUUCUAGAUUGUUGUCAUUAUCACCUAGCUUGAAGGUUUUGUGUGCAAUGAAUUGCCCGGUUCUUGAAGAAGACAAUAGCUUCAGUGUGAAUAAAUACAAAGGUAAAUUGUUACUAGCCCUUUUCACCGACAUUUUUAAAGGACUAGCUUCUUUAUUUGCCGAUACUACAAAGACGGGGAAAAAUGUCCUUUUGGAUUGGAGGAAUUUAAAGACCAAGGACAAGAACUUAGAUGAAAUCAUGACUUGGCUAGAAUGGAUCCUAUCCCAUACUCUUUUGCGUACCGCUGAGAGUAAUCCACAAGGUUUGGAUGCUUUCUGGCUCAAGCAAGGUGCAACAAUAUUACUUAGUUUAAUGCAGAGCUCACAGGAGGAAGUUCAAGAAAGGGCGGCCACAGGACUUGCGACUUUUGUGGUCAUUGAUGAUGAAAAUGCUAGCAUAGAUUGUGGAAGGGCUGAAGCAGUUAUGCGAGAUGGCGGCAUACGUCUUCUUCUAAACCUUGCAAAAUCUUGGAGGGAAGGUCUUCAGUCAGAGGCUGCUAAGGCAAUAGCAAACUUGUCCGUAAAUGCAAAUGUUGCAAAAGCUGUUGCAGAAGAAGGAGGAAUCCAAAUCCUUGCUGGGUUGGCAAGUUCCAUGAACAGGCUGGUUGCUGAAGAGGCUGCUGGAGGGCUUUGGAAUCUUUCAGUCGGAGAAGAGCACAAGGGUGCCAUUGCUGAGGCUGGUGGAGUCAAAGCUCUGGUUGACCUUAUAUUCAAAUGGUUCUCUGGUGGCGAUGGAGUUCUGGAACGUGCAGCUGGUGCUUUGGCAAAUUUGGCGGCUGAUGACAAGUGCAGCAUGGAGGUUGCAUUGGCAGGUGGUGUACAUGCUUUGGUGAUGCUUGCUCGUAAUUGCAAGUUUGAGGGAGUACAAGAGCAGGCUGCUCGUGCCUUGGCUAACUUGGCUGCUCAUGGAGAUAGCAAUACUAACAAUGCUGCUGUUGGACAAGAAGCAGGUGCUCUUGAAGCCCUUGUUCAACUCACACGUUCACUCCAUGAAGGUGUCAGGCAGGAAGCUGCUGGUGCAUUGUGGAACUUAUCAUUUGAUGACAGAAACCGAGAAGCAAUUGCAGCAGCUGGUGGUGUUGAGGCCUUGGUAGCCCUUGCACAAUCUUGUGGAAAUGCCUCUCCAGGUCUUCAAGAGAGGGCUGCUGGAGCUCUCUGGGGAUUGUCAGUGUCAGAAGCCAACAGCAUUGCUAUUGGACGAGAAGGAGGUGUUGUGCCUCUGAUUGCUCUGGCACGCUCUGAGACCGAGGAUGUUCAUGAAACCGCCGCAGGAGCUCUCUGGAAUCUUGCUUUUAAUCCAGGAAAUGCUCUUCGUAUAGUGGAGGAAGGAGGGGUUCCUGCACUUGUUGAUCUAUGUUCUUCAUCUGCAUCGAAGAUGGCUCGCUUCAUGGCAGCAUUAGCAUUGGCCUAUAUGUUUGACAGGAGAAUGGAUGAAGUUGCACCAAUAGGAACUUUAACAGAAAGCACUUCAAAGAGUGCGAAUUUAGAUGGAGCUAGAAGGAUGGCUUUGAAGCACAUUGAAGCUUUUGUCCUUACAUUUUCUGAUCCCCAAGCAUUUGCCACCGCUGCUGCAUCAUCAGCUCCAGCAGCACUAGCACAAGUAACUGAGAGAGCUCGUAUUCAAGAAGCAGGACAUCUGCGAUGCAGUGGAGCUGAAAUUGGAAGAUUUGUUGCCAUGCUACGGAAUCCUUCUUCUAUACUAAAGGCUUGUGCUGCGUUCGCUCUUCUCCAGUUUACCAUUCCUGGUGGACGGCAUGCUUUGCACCAUGCGAGUCUCAUGCAGAGUGCUGGAGCUGCACGUGUCCUGCGACCUGCAGCUGCUGCAGCAACUGCACCACUUGAAGCCAAAAUCUUUGCAAGAAUUGUACUGCGCAAUCUUGAGUACCACCAUAUAGAAUCUUCGAUAUGAAAACAAUCUUAGCCUAGCUGAUGGAAGCUAAUAGACAUCGAGUUCCAAGCUUCCCUUCUUACCCAGUGGAAUAGAAUGUAUUCUGCUUUGUAAUCUCUAUAUAAAGGAGCCAAACAACUUCCUGAAGCAAGUCUGCUUAACUUAAUUCUUUCUCCUCUUUCCCUGCCUUUUUUUUUAAGGUAUUUAGAGGUGGUUUAGUUGAGUUUGGGUUAUUUUUGUCCUCUUAUGUAACAAUUCCUUGUAGUUAUACUGUAAGUACUUUUGGUUGGGGUUUGAUCUAGAAACAAAGUACAUAAAACAUUUUUUUUUAUAUAAUCUGUAUUCAUUGCGACAUUUUCCAUUUAAUGAUAUUUGAACUGUUUGAGAUUU